AUGGGGACCCGUUUUAGGCCACCACUGGAACACACUGAACCAGAAGGCCAUAUUGCGAGCGACGUAGUGGAAGAAGCAUUGACGCCACGUGCGCGACGAUUUCUAACUCAUCUGUGUUUUGUUGUUGCGGAAUUCUUAAAGCCACCACUGGAACACACUGAACCAGAAGGCCAUAUUGCGAGCGACGUAGUAGAAGAAGCAUUGACGCCACGUGCGCGACGUAAACUUCAAGAACAAAAAAUUCGUCACGAGGAGGAGCUCGAGGAAAAUCUGGAAGAAACUGGAAAAGCUAUGAAAGACGGUAUGACAUCGGUGCAAACACACGAAAAACAUCCAAGUGGACCAACAACACCAAUCUCUACACCACGACUAACACCAAAGCUCAAUCUGAAAUUCGGAAAAGAUAAGGAACAGAAAGGAAUUGAAGAAAGUGGCUUUAAUUUUGGUAAAUCCAAAAUUACUUCGAAGCAUGAAAUUGUUCGACGUGGAAAAGAUGUUGACGUGAAAGUGGAAUCACUGAAACUUGGCAAAGAUGAUCAGCUG